AUGUCAACAGAUACUGUGAUGUUGAAGAAGCCUCUUGGACUACGCAUUUCGAAGCAUACACUAGAGGUGACGUACAUAGAAGAAUCUGGGGCAUCUAUGGGACAGGUUUCUAUUGGUGAUAUAAUUGUUGCAGUCGACAGACAAAAAGUUGCUAGCAUACAAGAAUUGAACAAAAUUCUUGGGCACCCUUCACCGGUUCAAAUAGCAUUACGUCGUAGUGAAAUGGUGGACGUAAAUGAAUUGCUCGGAUUAUCAGUAAAAUAUGAUGCAAAGGAACGAAUUCAGGUUACUUCUACAGCUAAAAACAGUUUAUCAUCGAUACAUUUGCGGCCAGGAGAUAUUAUACGUGAAGUUAAUGAUUGUCCUAUUGCCAGUAAAACAAUGCUUGAUUAUUACAUACAAGAAGGGGUCAUCGAGAGUGGUCAGAUAAAUUUUACAAUAGAAAGUUUGGCUGGUGGUGCUGAUGCUUAUCGUGAUCAAGUUGAAUUGGCUAAUGAUGUUCUCGAAAUUGCUCGAAAGCAGAUUGCUCAAUUUACAGCAACGUUAUCUGCUAGUGAACCAUUUAAGCUAUCGUCAAUUUUACGGAAAAAAUCAGUCAAUAAUAAAAGUAAAAAAGUUGCUAUUUCGGAUGAAUUUGCUGAAUUUCCCAUUGGAGCGGAUUACGAUCCAUCAAGAUUGAAACCUUGCAAACAUGCUAUCAACGAAAUGAAAAAUUUGCGAAAAUAUUGUUAA